GAAGGGAGCGGGCGAACAGCGAGCAGGCGUGCGUAGCGCUGGCGGCGCCCUCCCCCUCCCGGCCCGCAGCAUGUGAACCGACGCCCGAUCCUCCCCCAGCGCAGCGGUGGGACUCUGCCGACUUGUUCGCCGCAGGCUGAGCCGCCCGCCCUCGCGCCGGGCUCCCGCUGGGCGCUGGUGGCCGGGGGCAGCGCGAGGGGCGCCCCGAAGCGAACGCGGCUCUCCCUCCGCCGGGCUGCCGAGCAGAUCAUCGCGAGCGCGGAGAGCCGCCCGGCCGCUUUUCUCGGGAGACCGCGCCGGGAGGAAGGCUCGGAGGAGGGAAGAUGAAAGUCACCGUUUGCUUCGGCAGGACGCGGGUGGUCGUCCCCUGCGGGGACGGGCACAUGAAAGUUUUGAGCCUGAUCGAGCAAGCCGUCACCAGGUACAGGAAGGCGAUCGCCAAGGAUCCAAGCUACUGGAUACAGGUACAUCGUCUAGAACAUGGCGAUGGGGGAAUCCUAGACCGUGAUGAUAUUCUUUGUGAUGUAGCUGAUGAUAAAGACAGACUUGUGGCUGUAUUUGAUGAGCAAGACCCACACCAUGGAGGAGAUGGCACCAGUGCCAGCUCCACUGGCACUCAGAGUCCUGAGAUCUUUGGCAGCGAACUGGGCACAAAUGCAGGAUCCGCGUUCCAGCCUUACCAAGCAACGAGUGAAAUUGAAGUCACACCUUCAGUUCUUCGCACAAAUAUGCCCCUUCAUGUACGGCGCAGCAGUGACCCAGCAUUAGUUGGCCUCUCCACAUCAGUCAGUGAUAACAAUUUUACUUCAGAAGAGCCUUCACGAAAAAACCCCACAAGAUGGUCCACAACAGCAGGUUUUCUCAAGCAGAAUACUUCUGGGGGCACAAGAAGUCAUGAACGGAAGAAAGACGAAAAUUACAGAAGCCUCCCACGGGACACCAGUAGCUGGUCUACUAACCAGUUUCAGAGGGAUAAUGCGCGUUCUUCAUUAAGUGCCACUCAUCCCAUGGUAGAUAAAUGGCUGGAGAGACAAGAACAGGAGGAAGAUGGGGCAGAAGAAGAAGGAAGCAGAGUGGAACCAGUGGGUCAUGCAGAUACAGGUUUGGAGAACAUCAACUAUUCUUUAGAUGAUAUGGUAAAGCUCGUUGAAGUUUCCAAUGAUGGUGGACCUUUGGGGAUCCAUGUAGUUCCUUUCAGUGCUCGAGGAGGAAGAACUUUAGGACUAUUAGUAAAGAGACUGGAGAAAGGUGGUAAGGCGGAACAGGAGAACCUCUUUCAUGAAAAUGACUGUAUUGUCAGAAUUAAUGAUGGGGACCUUCGAAAUAGAAGAUUUGAGCAAGCACAGCAUAUGUUCCGUCAAGCCAUGCGUACACCCAUUAUUUGGUUCCAUGUGGUUCCUGCUGCAAAAAAAGAACAGUAUGAACAGCUAUCACAAAGUGAGAAGAAUGCUUACUAUUCCAGUCGCUUUAGCCCUGAUUCCCAGUAUCAUGACAGUAAGAGUAUCAACCACUCUGGACUUCACACUUUGCAGAGAAUACCCCGAGUGAGCAAUCAAGCGGAUCAGUUGGACUCUUACUCACAACUACCUCAUAAUGUGAAUUCAGGAAAACCACCAUUGAGUCUGGCAUCAACACCACAGAAAGUUCAUACCGCUUUGAACUCUGGCUAUAAUACCAAAAGGAUAGGGAAGCGUCUUAAUAUACAGUUAAGGAAAGGUACGGAAGGCCUAGGAUUUAGCAUCACUUCAAGAGAUGUUCCUAUUGGUGGCUCAGCUCCAAUUUAUGUGAAAAAUAUCCUUCCAAGAGGCGCAGCUAUUCAAGAUGGAAGAUUAAAGGCUGGAGACCGACUCAUUGAGGUAAAUGGAGUGGAUUUAACAGGAAAAACCCAAGAAGAAGUUGUUUCUCUUCUGAGGAGCACUAAGAUGGGUGGGUCAGUUGGUCUGCUCAUUUUCCGUCAAGAAGAAGCAUUCCAUCCUAGAGAACUGAAUACUGAACAAAGCCAGUCACAAAUUCCAAAGGAAACGAAAGCAGAAGAAGAGGACCUUGUUCUUACCCCUGAUGGCACCAGAGAAUUCCUCACUUUUGAAGUUCCCCUUAAUGAUUCUGGGUCAGCUGGACUUGGCGUCAGUGUGAAAGGUAACCGGUCAAAAGAGAAUCAUGCAGACCUCGGCAUCUUUGUGAAGUCCAUUAUUAAUGGUGGAGCAGCUUCUAAGGAUGGAAGACUCCGUGUGAACGAUCAAUUAAUAGCAGUAAAUGGAGAAUCAUUACUGGGAAAGACAAACCAAGAUGCCAUGGAAACUUUGCGUAGGUCCAUGUCCACAGAGGGAAAUAAACGUGGAAUGAUUCAGUUGAUUGUGGCAAGGCGAAUAAGCAAAUGCAAUGAGUUGGAAUCAUCUGGGAGUCCCCUGGGGCCAGAGCUGCCCAUUGAGACAAUAGUAGAUGACCGGGAGCGUAGGAUUUCCCAUUCACUGUACAGUGGGGUCGAAGGCCUCAAUGAAUCACCCACCAGGAAUGCUGCCCUGAGUAGACUAAUGGGUAAAUACCAGCUUUCUCCAACAGUCAAUAUGCCUCAGGAUGAUACGGUAAUUAUAGAAGAUGAUAGACUGCCUAUACUACCUCCACAUCUUUCAGACCAAUCAUCUUCCAGUUCUCAUGAUGAUGUAGGCUUUGCAACAGUGGAUGCUGGAGCUUGGAGUAAACCAAUAGUGAAUGAGUCCACAGAAUGCAUACUAAGUCCAGAUAUGGAUCCUGGGCUGGCCUUCCAACGAGAAGGAUUUGGACGCCAGAGCAUGUCAGAAAAGCGCACUAAACAGUUUUCAGAUGCCAACCAAUUAGACAUUGUUAAAACACGGAAAUCUAAAAGCAUGGACUUAGUAGCUGACGAGACUAAGCUCAGUACAAUGGAUGACCAGAAAACAGGUUCUCCAACCAGAGAUGUGGGCCCUUCGUUAGGCCUGAAGAAGUCCAGCUCCUUAGAAAGUUUACAGACAGCAGUUGCUGAGGUGACAUUGAAUGGUGACAUUCCUUUCCAUCGUCCACGACCACGAAUAAUCCGAGGGCGAGGAUGCAAUGAAAGUUUCAGGGCAGCAAUAGAUAAAUCAUAUGAUAAACCUGUUGCAGAUGAGGAUGAUGAAGGCAUGGAAACCUUGGAAGAAGAUACAGAAGAAAGUUCACGAUCAGGUAGAGAAUCUGUGUCCACAUCUAGUGACCAACCAUCCCAUUCCCUAGAAAGACAGAUGAAUGGCAGUCAAGAUAAAGGAGACCGGAAAAAAAUUGGGAAGGACAAGAAAAAAGAUCGAGAUAAAGAGAAGGAUAAAAUCAAAGCAAAAAAAGGAAUGCUCAAAGGUCUUGGGGACAUGUUCAGGUUUGGCAAACAUCGAAAAGAUGACAAGAUGGAGAAAAUAAAAGUGCAGGAAGCUGUUACUUCAGAAGAGGAGAGAAUACGUAUGAAGCAAGAACAGGAGAGAAUACAAGCCAAGACCCGAGAGUUUCGUGAGAGACAAGCCCGGGAACGAGAUUAUGCUGAGAUCCAAGAUUUAAACAGGAUGUUUGGAUGUGAUGGUGACUCAAUGUAUGCUGGAAUUUCUUCAUAUUCCCCCAUUAAUAGCAGCACAAUUAACAAUAGACCACAGAGCCCAAGGGAAGCAUCGACAGUUGAAGCAUUAUAUGCCCAAGUAAAGAAAGGACGCAAUUCAAAGUCUUCACCUGCAGACAGAUCAGCUCCCAGCAAUCACGACCGGAUACAACGAUUAAGGCAAGAAUUUCAACAAGCCAAGCAAGAUGAGGAUGUGGAAGAUAGGAGGCGUACUUACAGUUUUGAACAACCGUGGCCAAAUUCAAAGACCUAUUCACAGAGCGGCAGACAUUCUGUAUCAGUAGAAGUUCAGAUGCAGAAGCAACGGCAAGAAGAAAGAGAGAGUUUCCAGCAAGCUCAGAGGCAAUACAGUUCAUUACCCAGACAAAGUCGGAAAAAUGCAAGCGCUGUAUCUCAAGAUUCUUGGGAACAGAAUUAUCCUCCUGGUGAAGGUUUCCAAAGUGCCAAAGACAACCCUCGGUACUCCAGUUACCAAGGCUCUAGGAACGGCUACCUGGGGGGCCACGGCUUCAAUGCUCGAGUCUUGCUUGAAACACAAGAGCUCCUCCGUCAGGAACAGAGGCGGAAAGAGCAACAGCUGAAAAAAAAGACAUCUUCUGAAGGGCCCAGCAACUAUGACUCCUAUAAGAAAGUUCAGGACCCUAAUUAUGCUACUCCCAAAGGUCCUUUCAGGCAAGAUGUACCACCAUCACCAUCUCAGGUUGCUAGGCUAAACCGAUUACAAACACCAGAAAAAGGAAAACCAUUUUAUUCUUUAGUUGAAGAAAAAGGUCAGCGGCCCAUGCAAUAAAGGAACUUUUUCAUACAGAGAGACUUGCAUUAUGGAAAGAAGAAAAAGAAAAGGAACUUCAUGUUUCAAAUGGAGGACUCUAGAAUUCUUGUCUGUUUCAGUGCCUUUAGCAAGAUAGACAAAGAAUUGGAAGGCCUUAUAUUUUUGCCAUUAUGUCUCAAGUGUUAUAUCCACAAAAGGAUUAUCCAUCAUUUGACAAUCAUAUUUUAGGCAAGCGAUGAGUCUUAGCUAUCAAAUGUCCUACCCAGUCUUUGUGAUCAAUGACUGCUCACCAGGUUACACUGUUAAGUGUUGUUCAACUCUUCAAGGAGAUACUGUUCUAGGAUAUAGCAUUGAUUGUUUCUAAUUUAAAAUCCCAUUGCCAUAUCUUUUAUUGUUUCCCUUAGGCUGAGGGAAGCAGGUACCUAUCAGUUAUAAGCAGUGAGCCAGAUAUCUACAGUUCUCUGAUCCUUGUUGCUUUAUUUCUGAUAAUUAUUUAAAUGUCUGUUUACUAAAAUACUGUUUUUCUGUGGCUGCAUAUGGUCAUUCUUGAGUUCUAUACAAAGCUUUAUCCUCAUUCCUCAUUCAUUUAUCCCAGAGAUCUUGUUGCAUUUGUCUCAUACCUUAACAAUAUAUACUUUAUAUUAUCAUGAGAGCAUUGUAUUUAUAAUUAACAUCAGCUAAUGGUGGGGGAAGUGUAUUUUUUGUGAGUAGAAUGGUGGGGAGAAAAAGAUUUAUCCAGACUGCUUUAGCAAGUGUCUUUUUUAUCAACUGUUCCCCAUUAUGUACAAAUUGAGCCCCCCCCCCAUGAAUUAUAGAUGAAUGAUUGCUCAGUUAUUCCAUAUUUCCUGAUAAUUUAAUUUGCCAUAAUUUUGUUGGAAGGAAGAAAUGCAGGACAAAAUAAAAUGAAAAUCUAUUUUUUGAAUUAAAACUAGCUUUUUUAAACCUGUCUUUUUGACAGUUUGUAAAAACUUGUGGACAAUUCGUGCUGUGCUUCCAGGUUAUUGUAUUUUGCAUCUCAGAACAACAUUUAAAAUCAAUCAAUAAAAUAUAAAAUAAGAGAAAAAUGAGAGAAAUUUGGUAUGCAUCAUCAUGAAAACACAUUGGUGUUCAAACACAUUUGAAAGAAACAAAAAGCUAUGAGAGAUAUAUUUUUAAUGUGCAUUUUGGGUAUGCAAAAUUUUCCUUUGCAACAGCUAGUUUUAUGUUUGAGGGUCUGAACAUUCAUGUAUUAUAAGUGCCUGUAAAUCCUGAGGUGAAAAAGUCUUGAGAUUUAAAACUCAGCAUCUCAUACAUGAACAAACAACAAAAACCGUGUAUUAUGGUAUGUGAUUGGUGAUUUGCCUUUAAAAAAAGGAGGAAACCUGGUCCAUUAUUACUUUUGCUACAAAGAAUACUUACCUUUGUUGUGUCAAGAAUAUAUGUGAAUAUUCAGUAUAUUCCAGCUGUGUCUUCUAUGCCUGUUUGUUAAUUUUGUUUGUUUGUUAAUAUACUCAAGUGUUAAAAAUUUGUUACCAAUGUAAGCACAGUGACAUCUGACAAAAAUGGCUCUUUUACACAGAUACUCACAGCACUGUGUAAAAUGGCGCUUUCUGUAAAUACAGAAAUUUAGAAUAAAAGGACUGUUUUUGU